AUGCAGGAUCCUUUGUUUCUUAUUACUCGGAACAAAACCCGCAAGGUAAGUGAGCGGCAUGCAAAGAUGACGCCAACGUAUGUUGUGAACAUACAAAGUACUUGGACGCACAGCCCUCAAGUAGGUAUUAUAUCAUUGGAAAAUCCUGAUAUUCGUAACCCCCACUCCCUGUGGUACUUUUGGCUUGACGAUCCCGACUAUUGCCCGCUAGGGUGGCAGACCACCAGGGACGUCUUUGGGGUGAACGAAAGAAAGGAAGCCAAAACGACUCGGGCUAGCAAGGGAAAGCAAAAUGUGGGCUCGUCAAAGAUCAGCGGGGAUCACUGA